CUCUCAUCUGAUCAUUCGGGAUUCUACGAGAUAUGCGUGCGCCUGCGUGGUACUCAAUUCUGCGUUCGCUUGUCUUCGUGCUCACACGUGCACUCGAUUAUUCAUCGAUUUUUUAUAAUUUACGUGGUUUUUUAAAGACUGGUCAUACUCUUUUGUGAGAGAUUGCUUGACAGACAAUCUUUUGUACUAAUUGACGCUGGUUUUUUAGCAUGUCGUCGGCUCAGACCGGACUGCAAAGCGACUUAGUUGGCGCUAUUAUUGCUCAGGCUGAGGCAAGCCAGAGUGGCGCAGAGCGGGCUUCAGCAAAGGAUGCUGGCUCAGAAAAAUCGACUACCACAACCAAAUCUAGUGGUAAUAGGGGUAAAAGACUAAGAACCCCGAGCUCUGCUUAUAGCAAAAGAGCAAAGCUGACAAAGGACGUCAGCUUCACGGACGGUGCAGGCUCCCAUGGAAAAAACCUAAAUUCCAAGGAUGCGAUUCCUUCGGAAACCUCCGUACACGAGGCAGAUUCGGAGUCACGUGACGACCCGAACAACAAAUCUAACAAGUCGGCUACACAUGAUGGCAGCGCCCAUGGUCCUAGAAGUAGCCGGAGCUCACGCUCGCAUGGAAACUACUCCAAGUCAUUCAGUGACCAUUCAGUGAGCUCUCGUGAGGUACAAAAAGAUAUGAACGACAUGAAGGAGCAAUUGUGUAAUAUUCAACAGAUGCUAGCGUCUCUUACUCCUGUCGUAUCGGAACUUAAACGUGCGUACGAUGCUAGUAUAAAUAGCGACCAGGAGGGUGAGCCCCCAGAGAAGAGACAGAGGCUUAUUUUGUCAGAUGAUGAGGAAUCCCUGUUUGAGGAAUCUUACUUUCGUUCUACUCCUGCCAAUGAUGAUAGUAAUGCUGACAGUGAUAGCAGUGACAGUCCUGCUAAGGAAAAACCCUCAGAAACUCAGGUCAGUCAGCCUCAGGGCUUACAAUGUUUGAAAAACAUUUUGGCUGCAGUGACUAAUGAUGAAGUUAGAGGCCCGAAAGUUCAUGAUGAUGUUGCUAAAAUCAUGAACACUGUUUUGUACAAGGGUAUGCCUAAGGAAGUUCUGGAGGAUAUGGUGAAACUUUAUCACCCACCUGAGAACUGUACCUACAUGACUCAGAUCAAAUGUAACCAGAGACUGUGGGGAACACUGAGACCUUUAACCAAAUAUAAUGACAAGAUAAUGCAAAACUGGCAAACCAACAUAUUCCAUGGACUUACACCCUUCCUGGAGAUAGCUGAUGCUUGUUCUAAACACCUUGAAGGAGAAGGAGAUGUGCCUUCUCCUGAAACAUUGCUAGCAAAGAUGACAGACGGAUUCAGCAUCCUUGCUGCAGUUGUACAUGACAUUUCUAUGUUUCGCAGAGAACUCGCCAAACCAGACAUUAAUGAGAAAUACAAAGCUUUGGCUUCCCCACAGAAUCCUGUCACCAAGGAGCUGUUUGGUGACAAUUUGGAUGCAAAUAUGAAGGAUAUUGAAGAAGGCCUAAAAAUCUCUAACAAGGUUCAGAAGAAAAUAGCACGCCCUAGACCCACAAAUAUCUUCUCCAAACCCAGGGUAUUUCCUACAAGGGCAACAGCUCGCUAUGACAACAAAAAAGCUGGUUCUUUUUUAGGAGGGAAGAACCAGAGAAGUCAACAGAACAACAGGAAAAACUGGACAGGGAAAAAGUUCCAGAAGAAAGAGUAUUAGGAAAUACUCAUUAUGCUGAAUCAGGUCCUUCAGAAGCUGCAGACAGACCAGGCCGACAUCUUGCUGAUAGCUCCACUGUGGGCCACACAGCC